CUUGAUUUGUGUUCCAGAGAGCAAGUACCCUGACAAGCACAUUAAAAAGUGCUGCAGAGAUGGCAUGAAAGAGAUCCGUAUGGACUACACAUGUGAGAAGAGAUCUCAGUACAUCACUUCUGGCAAAGUGUGCGUGGAUGCCUUCCUGCACUGCUGCACCGAGAUCGCAAAGAGAAGGAAGGAAGGGCAGCGGGACGACCUCGUCCUUUCACGUAGCACAGAGGAUGAUGAGUACAUGCACGACGAGGAUAUCGUGUCCCGAACAGAGUUCCCGGAAAGCUGGCUUUGGGAAGUGGUGAAGUUACCAUCAGGACCCAAAGACAGGAAUGGGCUUGUUUCCCUGGACCUCAAACACUUCCUGAAAGACUCCAUCACAACCUGGGAGAUCCUGGCCAUCAGCGUGUCCCCACAGAAAGCCAACCAGCCGCCUCUAGGAAUCUGCGUGGCGGACCCCUACGAGAUCACGGUGAUGCAGGAUUUCUUCAUCGACCUCAAGCUGCCCUACUCCGUGGUGCGCAAUGAGCAGGUGGAGAUCAAGGCCGUGCUGUACAACUACGCAGAAGACGACAUCACGGUUCUCAUUGAGCUCCUGGAGAAUGAACUUGUCUGCAGUGCGGCGAGUCAGAAAAGGAAGUACAAGCAGGAAGUUGUAGUGGAAGGUCUCUCGUCGCGGGCCGUACCAUUUGUCAUCAUCCCUCUGCAACGAGGGGAAUUGGACAUCGAAGUGAAGGCUUCCGUGAAAGGGCACAUGGUUUCUGACGGGGUUCGGAAGAAGCUCCGCGUUGUGGCUGAGGGAGUGCAAAUGAAAAAGUCUAUAACGACUGUUGUCCUAAACCCCUCCACCGUGGGCGGGGUGCAGAAUGAGUACGUUCCCCCGGUCGACCUGAAGUCUGUUGUCCCCGACAGCGAGCCUCAGACGUUUAUCAAUGUGCAAGGGGAGAUAUUGGGACAAACCCUUGAAAGUGCCAUUAGUGGAGACAAACUGGGCCAUCUUAUCACGGUGCCUGGUGGGUGCGGAGAGCAGAACAUGAUCACAAUGACUCCUCCGGUGAUCGCAACGCUCUACCUGGAUAAGACCAACCAGUGGGAGAAUGUUGGGGUGCAGCGGAGAGCUGAAGCCAUCAGAAACAUCAAGCAAGGUUAUACUCAGCAACUGGUAUAUCGACAGCGGGACAGCUCUUACGCUGCAUGGCAGAACAAGCCAGGAAGUACCUGGCUCACCGCGUAUGUGGUGAAGGUGUUCUCCAUGGCGUACACCCUGACGUCUGUGGAUGAAAAUGUGGUGUGCGAAGCUGUCAAAUGGCUGAUCCUAAACAAGCAGCAACCAGACGGCACAUUCAGAGAGGAUGCCCCAGUUAUUCAUGGAGAGAUGGUGGGAGGCCAGAGAUCUUCUGAACCUGAAGCCUCUCUCACAGCUUUUGUCCUCAUAGCUCUGCUGGAAUCGGAGGAAAUCUGCAAAAAUCAAAUCCCUUCAUUGCCGAGAAGCAUUGGAAAAUCUGCAGGCUAUUUGGAGAGACGCAUCAACACCCUACAGACGCCGUACGCUGUGGCCAUGACGGCAUACGCUCUAGCCUUGAGCGGCAGCAAUGACUACGACGCCAUUCUCGUGAGAUUUGCAUCGGCAGAUCAAAGCCACUGGCCUGUACCUGCGUCCCAUCUCUUCACUCUGGAAGCCACAGCCUAUGCCCUCAUGGCCAGUCUGAAGGUGAAACAAUACGACCGCGCCGGGAAAGCUGUAAAAUGGUUGACUGAGCAGAGGUUCUAUGGAGGAGGGUAUAGCUCCACACAGGCGACCAUCAUUGUCUUCCAGGCUAUGGCUGAAUACAUGAUCGCCGUGCCUCUGCUCCAGGAGGUAAACCUGGAUGUGGAAAUCAGCUUGUCUGGCCGCAGCAAACCUGUCAAAUGGAAGAUCAAUCGUGACAACGUCUACAUGCCAAGGUCCGAGAAGGCAAGGAUUGACCAAGCGUUGAAUGUGACCGCUAAAGGCAUUGGCCAGGGAACCUUGACUGUGAUGACUUUCUACAAUGCCAUCCCAGAGGGGAAGAGAACCGACUGCAAAAACUUUGAACUGGACGUGAAGAUUACGAGACCAAACAACGUGAACAAGCCUGAAGGAGCCUUGGACACACUAGAAUUACAGAUCUGUGCUGUCUAUCUGGGUGAACGAGACGCCACUAUGUCUAUCAUUGACAUCACCAUGCUAACAGGAUUCACUCCCGACAAGAACGAUCUUGCAAAGAUGAUGAAUGGAGUGGACCAAUAUUUUCAGAAGUUUGAGAUGGACACAGCUCUUUCCAAUAAGGGCUCUCUCAUCCUUUACUUUGACAAGAUCUCUCACAGGUCGAAGGACUGCAUCUCUUUUAGAGUGCACAAGAUGUUUGAAGUGGGUCUGAUCCAGCCAGCUGCAGUCACUGUCUAUGAGUACUACGCCUUGGAGAACCGCUGCAUGAAAUUCUACCACCCAGACAAAGAAAGUGGUCUGCUGAGCAAGAUCUGCCAAGAGGAAGUGUGCCGGUGUGCCGAAGAGAACUGCAGCUUACUGAAAAAACAAGAUGGUAAAAUUGGCGUGGAUAAGAGACUCGACGUUGCUUGUGAACCUGGAGUGGAGUACGUGUACAAAGCCAGACUCGUGGCCACCAGGCGUGACUCAACAUAUGAUUACUACACUAUGGUCAUUGAGCAAAUAAUCAAAGAAGGGAGUGACGAAAAUCCUUUAGACAAGAAGAGAGACUUCAUCUCCCACAGCAGUUGCAAAGGCACCCUGGACCUGCAGGUGGGGAGGCACUACCUAAUCAUGGGAAAAGCUCAGGAUCUAUGGAAACUGGGAAGUGGGCUGAGCUACAUCUUAGGUGGCGAGACCUGGAUAGAGUGGUGGCCGACCAAUCAGGAAUGCCAGCAACAUAACAUGCUCUCCACCUGCCAGGACAUCAAAACAUUCUCAGACAGCAUGGUCUUUGGCUGCCCUAGUUAAACCCUGCGCGGGGCUGAUAUGGCACUAAGGAGUACAGAGUCCGUUCUUGCCUAAAAUCAUUCUCACACGUUACCGUUUUUUAUGAAUUUUGCCGUUGCUGAUUCAGGUAAAGCUUUGUGUUCAACUCUAUGAAAAGGGAUGCCUAUUUCUCUGGAAAACUGUGCCACGCUCUGUAAGGGAAGCCCCAAGUGUCACUGCUUUUUAAAACAAGAUUGCAAACACGCUCGCGCGUUUUCAUGCUAAAAUGAUGUUCCUUUUAUUCGCUGCCUUGUUUUACUGUUCUGUGUGUUUCUUCUGUUUUUCUUGCAUUCUCUUAUUAAUUUUUGGCAAUGUUUUUAUUCAUGUGAAGUGCUUUGUGGCAAUUUUUAUUGUGAAAAGCGCUAUAUUAAAAAUAAAGAUUA